CAAAGAAUGCCUUGACAACGGCAAUAACUAUGGGGAAGUUGUCAAGGAAUUGGAUACACAUUUAGCCGUAUCAUUUUCUUCGCAUCUCGGGCAUUAUUAGACAAGCUGCAUACAUUAUCGCUCCUUCCUCAUCGAUGGUAUUCUAUAAAUUGGGUGAAGUACACAUAAGUUAUGAGAGCAUUCACAAAGUCAUUCGUAACGGACUUCGGACUUAAGAGCAUUCGUCGCCCUUUGAAAACCACAUAUACCCCCGCACUUCUCCCUGCUACUCUUCUACCAGUGUCUUGCACUGCUCAUUGCCCAUCUUUCCCUAAUAUUCGAUAUCUUCAUACCACGUCUCUACGCUUUUCCAACAUGAAGGAAGCUAUCGUUCAUCCUGGGCCUCGCAGCGAGCUCAUAGAAUCGCCUAUCCCUAGACCCAACGCCGACCAGGUCUUGAUCAAGGUUGUGGUGUCGGGCUGCAACCCCAAAGACUGGAAGGGAGCUCAGAAUGAAAAGAAAUCGGCCAACUCUGGUGACGAUAUUGCUGGGAUCGUGGAAGCCGUAGGAGAGAACAUUACCGAAUUUAGGCCUGGCGAUAGAGUUGCAGCUUUUCACCAUAUCGGAACUCCUGGAGGCAGUUUUGCUGAAUAUGCCAUCAGCUGGGGUUAUGCAACCUUUCAUAUUCCCAAAAAGACAAGUUUCGAAGAAGCUGCUACGAUCCCACUCGCAGCCAUGACCGCUGCAGUUGCUCUCUAUCAAGAAUUACGACUUCCGCAGCCGUGGCAAGCUCCUACCGAGCCGCUUCCGCUGAUUAUAUAUGGCGGUUCUUCUGCGGUCGGGGCCUAUGCCAUUCAACUGGCCAAAGCGUCCAAUAUCCAUCCGUUGAUUGUCGUUGCAGGUAAAGGAGCUGAUUUGGUGGAGAGUCUGAUUGACAGAAGCAAAGGCGACACUGUCAUCGAUUAUCGUGAAGGCUACGACGCAGUCGUUGCGGGUCUCAAAAACGCUCUCAAGCAGUCCGGACAAAACCGUGUACGAUAUGCCUUUGACCCGGUUAGCGACAAGGGCAGUUACCAGGCCAUCUGCGAGGUUUUGGAUCGUGAAACCGGCAAAAUCACCUUUGUUCUCCCUGGAAAAACGUACGAGGAGGUGCCCAAGUCGAUUAAAUGGACCUUGACAAAGGUGCCUACCUCCUUCCUGGAUGUCGCUCCAGAUUCUCCCCAAGGCAAAGCGGGAAUUAAAAUCAGCAACAAGGACUUUGCCUUUCUCUUCUUGAGGUUCUUUGGACGAGGUUUGCAGGAGGGAUGGCUCCGGCCGCACCCCUACGAGGUCGCCCCGAAAGGAUUGGAGUCGGUUGGCGAGUGCCUCAAGAAUCUGUACGAAGGAAAGCUGAGCGCGAAAAAGUAUGUCUUUAGGAUCAGCGAUACUCCCGGUUUAGAGGACUCGGCGUGGUGAUGCACUGCAUAGUAGCGCCUGUUCUCAUGGGUGUUUGAGCAUCCACAAGGAAUCUAUUCCGCCAGUGAAGCUACUCCCGUUGCUCCAGACCGUACAAUUAUUGCUCUUAGCAUUGAACUCUCUCUUGUCAUGAAAAGAAAAGACGUAUGAUCAGGUGGACGUUGUUGCAUCAUUUAUCUUCCGAUAGGAUGAAACUGCUAGCCCAAGUAACAAAUAGCUAAUGAAAUUGACACGUUUAAAAUCUUUGAUUGUGCUUGCUUUGAGUUAAUGGCUUCAUAGAAAUAAAUAAGAUUCUGGCAUGUAGUAGAG